AUGAACAAUUGGUUUUAUAUGAGUCGAAUGACAUUCACAAGUCUUCUUAAUGAUGAAUUAGGUCCACAUCUUACUGGAAAGUUAUUGUCCCUGGAUUUUGAUCAUCCAGUAUCAUUCAUGAUCGGUAAAACAGCGGAUGAAAUUUUAACAAAAAUCCAGCAAACAUUUAGUCGUCAAAUAUGUGGUAAACUAAUUUGUCAUCAUGAUUGUGUAUCAUGUUCAUUGAGUCCACCAACUUAUGCAAAAUUAAUUUGGUUUGUUCAACGUUUACUCAUAAUGAGUCCAUUACGACAACCUUUCACUAAGCAAAUUUCAUUAUCAAAUAAAGAUUUUUCAUGUAUCGCGAAAACAACUGAUAUUAAUAUAGAGGAAAAUGGUCGAGAAAUAUUGGCUAAGUCAAAUAAUUCAAAUGAAGACUGCUCAGAAUUCGCAACAAAAAUAUUAAUCAUACUCUGUUUUGCUUAUUUUCUUUUGUAUGUUUUGUUCAAAGCAUGA